CGAGAAGCUGGCCGUUGGAUAUUGGCUGAGGAGUUGAGGAGUUUGAGGCUGGAGAGGGUUACCGAACACGCCCUAAGUGCCUUCCCACUGCCGCCCCUCCCGCUCCACGGCUCCAAGCCACCGACGCGUUCUCCCGCUCCUCUCUUUCGUCGGGAAGGCGGGAAGGAUCCAUGGAUCUGGGCUGAACCGUUGCGGCCGACUUAGAUCCGGCCGGAUUCACGCUCUUCUUGCCGAGCAGCGGGAAGGAGCAGACCUUACUAUCCGUGGCCCGCGAGAGGAUGGGGAGGCCGUACAGCGGCGCUUGCUUCCAGGGCUGCCGCUCGCCUCAGCUUUCAGGCCAGCUUACUGCCUCGUUGAGCUGCAGGAGUAAUUCUUGAAUAGUUGCAGCCAAAAGUGGGAGCAAUAAAAAUGGGAAGGAAGGCUGGCGUAAAUGAAGCCGUCUGAUCAGCAAAAUCAAGAUAUUUUAUCAAUCGCAGGUGUGAUUAUGUCACGAGAUAUAUUUUCCUCUCGGCAUGAGGGAAGUAGCAGAGUCAUAGAUGUUGGCAUGCAAACUGUGUUCCUCCGCAUUUUGGAAGAACUAGCCGAACGCCACACGGAAGAACUUCCUGAUGAAGCAAAUGUUAGCUUCAUCAUGGCAACCUAUAUGGAGGUUGAUCAAGACUCUAGUGACUCCCUUCUUAAAAGGUGUGCAUCAACAAGUUCUAUAAAUGACUUGUCCUUCCGUGAUCUUAUCAAGAAUGUUGUGUUUAUUUGGAAGGCUUCCUCGGUGAAGCACAUUUUCAACUAUUUAAGGGGCGGUGAUGGUUAUCAUGCACCUCCCAUGUCCAUUUAUUCCGAGCAUACACCUGCCAGCGUCAACGGGGUGGACUAACUGGACCAGGCAUGCUGGUCCCGAAUAAAUAAAAAAUCGAGUGGUUUAGAACAUUGGCAUUGAAGCAAUACACUUUCAAUUUCAGGUUUUAUAUUCAGUCAAUGUUCUGUGUCAAAUAAUGUUUGUUGUGUGUGAUUGUGUUCCAUCCUACAUAGAUUAAAAAAUCAGCCUGUGUCUAACGAGUACAGAAAUAGAUCCUAUGGUGCUAAUGCACUGCUUGGUAUUAACAAUGACACAAAUUUGGUUAGAAUAUGUCAUGUAAGUUUAUUUAUUUUAUUUGAUAGCUUAUUGUUGCUACCGUCAAUAAAUUAUACUGCACGAUGAAAAGGCAUGAGCUAUCCUUUAUGUUCAUGUUCACGAAGGUGUGCACACAAUCGGUCAAAAAAAGUGAUUUAUGUGCAAGACAUGUGUCAGUUCGACCAACAAUUGAUGGUUAUCACAGUAGGAAUUUUAUGUUGCACAUAUUUUAUAGAAAGUAAAUUGUGUGUGUAUGUGUUUUGGAUUUCCCGCAAUCACUAGACCAUUUCUGUGCUAAAAAAAUGGCUGGUCUUCUUCAGUAAUUAGUUUCAGUAGUUGUGUUUGUUCUUUCUGAAGCCUGGUAAAUUGUUGUUCUAUCUUUAAUCUGUAAAAUGAUCUUUUCCUCCAAAUGCAGUAUGGAUAUAAUAAGCAAGUGAAUAGAAAAUACCAACAAUUGUGAAACUCCUACUCUUACACAUUACAGAAUUGUCAUGCUAUUGCUUUUGUCAUCUAGAAUUAUCUGAUCAUAUCAGACCCCCUUAUUUUGCAACAAAUGUUCACCCUAGACUCUUCUUCAUGACAUACAAUUUGUAAUCCUAAGAUACACAUGUUGCGCUCCCCUGAUUUAUGUGCACCCUUUCUCCUAUUAACUAGCUCGUCUCCUUUUACUUUACUUCAGUAAUACUCAGUAAAUCUUUGUUGUUCAAUAGGUUACCCGAGUGGAUUGCAUGAUUUGGGCAAAAAAUGGCGUGGAAGAACAAAAUAACAGAAAGAGGGACAUGGGAUGAAAAGAUUGGCAAUUCUGAAGAACAAUGUAGCCUGGAGAAAGCGAAUGUUAAAAGUACCUGAACUCCGAAGUUCUCCAGCCUUGCUUUCACUUUUAUGCUGCCUUUGCUCUGGUCGCUUUUUUAUGCUGCCUUUGCUCUGGUCGCUUUUAUGCUGCCUCCAGGUACGAGACGAAGCACAGGUCAAGCUGACCCCGGUAAGCUUUUCCCACCUGAAGCCAUGACUUUUGAGCUUGGGCACUGGUCGCCCUAUAGUCAAGUCAAGAACGGAGAUUGCCCAAUUAUUUUUCUUAUUAGUCCUAUUGCUAGUCCUAUGUCGAGACAACGGAUUCAGGUUAGAAGAGAAGGAAAAUGCCGACAUAUGACUAUGACAACUGGGCUAGUAAUUGACACAUUCAGAGGCAAUUUCGGAUGUGUGGAAUUCAAGAGGACUGUAGCUGCCGUUCCAUGGAGGUUCA